UGAAAUGUCAAGGAUGUUUUUGAAGUUAAAAUAUGAACCGUCAAAUUCAUUUAAAAGCAUUUCCGAAGACGUUCUCUCAGCCGGAAGAAAUAUUAUCCUUCCCCGUCUGUCCGUCCAUCCGUCUGACUGUCUGACCUUAUGUCUUUCCAUCCACCCUAGUUAACUUGAAACUUCUCAGGAGUGAUUUGUACAUCAUCUACAAGUUUUGAUGCACUUUGAUGGAAAACACUUUUUAAAAUGAACAUCGUUGCUUGUACUACAUUUAUACUAGUGUUACUGUUGUUGACAGCGUCUUUCAUAGGAGGUGAUGUCGCUAUACAUGCACUCUCAGAGACACCUCGCACGUCUCAGCCAUAUACAUUAACAUGUUCUACUACUGGGACAGAUAAUAUAUCUUGGCAAAAAGACGGUGAUUUUCAGUCAGCUUGUUUAAUACAGUCAUCUGGCUGCUACCCAGCCACCACACCUCGUUACGAUUUUACAUCAGGCGCUGAUUCUAUGUCUUUUGAUCUAACAAUAACAAAUGUUUCACUGGAUUCCUGUGGAAACUUUAUCUGCAUUGAUACGACUGCAAACGGUGAUAGCGUGGAAGUAACUGUUAUACAUUUUGACAGGGACAUUCUCCCACCCACCGAACCCGAGUCGGAUUCAAGUGGAAUUAUAUCUGUUAUUACUGACUGUGUUUAUCCUAAUAAUGUCAAUAUCCAGUGGAGUACAGUUAAAGACGGUAAAGAUAUUGGCGUUAUUAAAGAUUAUACUCGCAACGAACAUGAGUGUUCCAUAGACUGCGCAGGGUCUCCUGCCGUUAGAAUUCAAACUUCCGUUUUUCACAAUGAAACAAAAGGGGAAUCAAUAACUGUUUCGUACAAAUUAGUACUAAUGCACCAUGACGUUGAUGAACCAAUUACCUGGAUUUCAAAGCAAAUAUACAAUAUUGAAGAUACGAGUAGGACAUCAGCAGUUUCGGAUGACAAAGGCUCUACUUUGUGGUUCUUCGUUGCCGUUUUGGGGACUAAACUGAUUUAAAUGCACAUGUAUAAGUACAAAUAAAAACAUCUAAAGCAAA